UCACGGAGAGACCUAUGAGCCACUCAACAAGGCAAACAGCAGCUCUGCGAAAAGCACUUUUAUCAAUCCGCAUCCAACAUCAACCAGGGGCUAACAGACGACGUUAAAACCGGACUCCCUGCCUCCAUAAAUGUUCCUAUGGAUUAUUAACACGCUUUUGUCGAAAAAUCGGAGUUUAUCAACUUGACAGCGUCGCCCCGGAUUUGUGGCUGUGCUCGCGCGGAGGACCCACGGAGAUGAAGACUUUGGAGGAGCCCCCCUACCUGACGGUCGGGACCGAUGUGAGUGCCAAGUACAGAGGGGCUUUUUGUGAAGCUAAGAUUAAGACAGCCAAGAGACUUGUCAAGGCCAAGGUGACCUUUAAGUCAGAUCUGACCACAGCGGAGGUCCAUGAUGAGAACAUCAAAGGACCCCUGAAGGUGGGUGCUGUUGUGGAGGUGAAGAAUCAGAACGGAGUUUACCAGGAAGCCACAAUCAACAAGCUGACUGAUGCAAGUAUUUACACUGUUGUGUUUGACGAUGGCGAUGAGAAGACCCUGAGGCGUUCCUCUCUCUGCCUGAAAGGAGCACGCCACUUUGCAGAGAGCGAGACCCUGGACAGACUCCCCCUCACCAACCCCGAGCAUUUCGGCACCCCCGUCAUCGGCAAGAAAGGCAACCGCGGCCGCCGGUCCAACCCAGUUCAGGAGGAAGAGUCGUCUUCCUCCUCCAGUGAGGAAGAGGAGAACGACCAGCGGCAGAACGAAGAUCUGUUCGGCAAGGUUGUCAUGGUGGAGGGGGUCACCGGCAGCGACAAAAAGAAACCAUCGUGGUACCCUGCUUUGGUCAUCUCCCCGGACUGCCAUGAAGACGUCGCUGUGAAGAAGGACACCAUCCUCAUCCGGUCUUUCAAGGAUGGAAAAUUUAACCUUGUGCUCCGGAAGGACGUCCAUGAGAUCAACAGCCGUUCUCCACCUAAAGCAGACGCGGGACUCAAACCGGCUCUGGACGCAGCUCUGGAGUUCCAGGAGAAGACGGCAGUUCCCAGCGCCUGGAAGACGGAGGUGAAAGAAGACAGCUCCAGCAGCGAGGAGGACGACGAGGAGGAGGCAGAGGAGCAGGAGGAAGAUGCUAACAAUGAAGAGGAGGAGGAGGAGGUGGAGCCUUUCCCAGAGGAGCGGGAAAACUUUCUGCAGCAGCUUUACAAGUUCAUGGAGGACAGGGGAACUCCCAUCAACAAGCGGCCCGUCCUCGGCUACAGAAACCUCAACCUCUUCAAGCUUUACCGGCUGGUCCACAAACUGGGGGGCUUCGACAAUAUCGAGAGCGGCUCCGUUUGGAAGCAGGUCUACCAGGACCUGGGAAUCCCUGUACUCAACUCGGCUGCAGGCUACAACGUCAAAUGUGCUUAUCGCAAGUAUUUGUACGGGUUUGAGGAAUACUGCACCUCCUCUGCCAUCACCUUUCGGAUGGACCUGCCUGUCAAGCAGGUUUCUAAAGGGGAGGUGAAGCCUGCGGAGGCUGCAGGAGCAGCACCUUCAUCCUCCACUGCAGAGGAACAGAAAGCCCAAAUAGACGGGGACUCCGGCAGCGCUCGGUCCCUCCUCUGCAAGGACGAGAAACCGGAGUCGAUUCAAGCUAACCAGGGGAGCGAACCGUUGAAAGCGGAGGCGAAAAGCAGCAGAAGCGAGGAGGAGGAUGAAGACGACGGCCCCCUGAGGAGGGACGCAGAGGAGGGCUCCUCCACGUCUCGCCUCGGGCCGGAGAACGUAAAGCAGGAGCACGACGAGGAGCAGGAGAGCAAGGACAACUCCGGGGAUGACAGCAGUCAGGAGGGGGAGGAAGGGGAGGAGUUUGAGUGUUACCCCCCGGGGAUGAAGGUGCAGGUGAGGUAUGGGCGAGGCCGCAGUCUGAAGACGUACGAGGCCACUGUGAAAGAGGCAGACGUGGAGGGGGGAGAGGUGCUCUACCUGGUGCACUACUGUGGCUGGAACGUCAGAUACGACGAAUGGAUCAAAGCGGACAAGAUCCUGCGCCCGGCCAAUAAGAACGUACCAAAAAUAAAGCACCGCAAAAAGAUAAAGAACAAAGCGGAGCGGGAGCGAGACAGGCUAGAGAGGCUCAGUCACCGAGAAGUCCUCGGCCCCCCGUCCAGCCAUGUCCUUCGCUCCAAAUGUGGCCUCAGCCAGGAUGUCUUUUCCAAGAUGGACGAUGGUGAGGACAAAGGGACUCCGCAGUCUCCCGUCAAGUCUAUAGAAAUUACCUCUAUCCUCAAUGGCCUGCAAGCCUCCGAGCUCUCCACGGAGGAGAGCGAGCACGAGGAUGAGGACAGGGAGGUGCCCGGCGAGGAGCAGCACGAUCCGAGCCUCAAGAAAAGCCCCGCAGAGCCGCCGCCGCCGCUUCCGCCCUCGGAGCAGUGGGAGAACGAAGCCCCCGCCGACAAAUCAUCCUCCGUCUCGGGAAAGGGUCAGGAGAGCGCGGAGAACGCUGGGAAGCUGAGAGGCCAGGCGGAGGCGGAAGCGGAGGCAUCGAGCACCAGGAAGAGGAAGUCUGACGGUGCUGCCGAGAGGACCCCAAAGGGUCAGCCCAAAGCUAAGCUCAGGAACACCAGGGGGGGCGAGUGGUUACCGAAGAGCUCCCCAAAGAAACCGGACGACGUAGCCGCCAGUCCAGGAGGGGAGAGGGCUGGGCUGUCCUGCAGCAGUUCUGAUGACGACAGUUCGGCGCCGCCAGAACCCCAGGUGGACGGAGGAGAGCGAAGCCGCCCCAAAUCCAAAGCUUCACCUUCCAAGAAGUACAACGGCAUGAAGGAGAAGACCAAAGCGGGCCGGCAGGCGGGGUUCUGGGAGACGCCUGAGAAGAGGGCCAAGGUGUCAGCAAACGCAGAGGAUCGGGCCGCCGUCCGACCCAAAGGACAGAAGGACGUGUGGUCCAGCAUCCAGGCCCAGUGGCCCAAGAAGACCCUCAAAGACUUGUUCUCUGACUCGGACACUGAGGCUGCCAAUUCCCCGCCGCCGCCCGCAUGCCUGAAGGAGCCCGGCGUGACUCGACAGGACGCCGACCUUGAGGAGGAAGCUUCAGAAGAGCAGAUGGAGCUCGACAAGCUGCAGGAGUUCCCGAGCAGCGGCAGCAACUCUGUGCUCAACACGCCGCCAACGACGCCCGAGUCCCCGUCAGGAGGAGGCAGCGUUGUGGAAGACUCCGCCCAAGCCCCGCCCUCCUCCCCGCAAACAUCCACGGCCCCCACGUUACCUCCAGAGCCGGUUCCCGACGCUCUCCCUCCAGGUCCAAUCCAGGAGGAGGUGGCAGGCGGGCGCAGCGAGACGGACAGCAGCACGGUGGAGGUGGAGAGUCUGGGCGGGGAGCUGCCAGACCUCCCACAGGAGGACGGAGAGGGCUCCCCCUCAAAAGUGUACGGCGUCAACCUGUCCUGCAACAGCAGCAGCUACAGCCCCGAGCGGAGCUGCAGCAGCCAGCAGGACUGCGAGCAGAAGCCCAAAGGUACUCCAGUCUGUCGCAAUCUGGGAUUAAAUGAUCUAAGCGCAGUCCGGCAGCUUGUUUCAGGCUGUCCGUUCCCUCCUCCUUCUGCAGCAUCCAUCAGUCAAAAGAGGCAGAAAGAGCCGCCGUCGGGCGGAGCCUCAAAGAAACACAAACCCAACCGGAAGAGUCUCGGAGUGCCUCCUAAGAAGAACCGAAAAGCAGCAAACAGCAGUGACAGUGAGGACCAUUCUGCUGUUGAGGGCAAACCCGCCCCCUCCAAGCACACCACAUCUGACCCCAAAGCUUCGCCCAAAUGUCACGGCCGAUCCCCCCCCUCCGGCCACAAGUUCCACAAGCAGGGGGACCCAGAGCCCCCCCAGCACAGAGACAGCCAUGGGAGAUCUGCUCGAGUCUACAAGUGGAGCUUCCAGAUGUCUGAUCUGGAGAAGAUGAGCAGCCUGGAGAGAAUCUCUUUCCUUCAGGAGAAACUCCAAGACAUCAGGAACCACUACCUGUCCCUGAAGUCUGAGGUGGCCUCCAUUGACAGAAGACGAAAACGCAUGAAGAAGAAGGAGCGGGAAAGUACUGUGGCUGCUUGUUCUUCCUCCUCCUCCUCCUCUUCAUCACCGUCCUCUAGCUCCUUAACAGCGGCCGUCAUGCUGACACUUGCCGACCCCCCGGUUCCAUCCUCAUCCUCCUCGUCUCAGAACUCUGGGUUGUCAGUGGAGUGCAGGUGACAGAACCGAGCAGCAAUGAGCCAUCGCACUGAGCACUUAACCAGCAUCCUGGGCUCGCCGCCGCCGCCGCCGCUCCGUCCCAACAGGACGGAUGGGUCAACCUGUAAACUCUAACCGCUGGGGCACCAAACCCGACCAGUCACCACAACGAGAAACAAGCACUAUUUUCUACUGACAACUGUUUCAUGGCAAGCUAUCAGCACUUAAGUGCACUUUUCUGACGGUUGUGUAAGGAGAUGAAAUUUGUCAAAAGUUACUGGUUUUACAUUCGUUCCCGGAAACAUUUCGAGGGUUGUUUUUGCAAGCAAUAAUCUUUUCCGUUUGCUAAACCCGUUUGAGGAAAAUGUUCAGCCCUAAAAGCAAACAGGGCUUCUCGUGUUGCUGUUGAGGGGCUUCUAAGGACCACUGCCCCAUUGGCUUUAAGGGGCAAACCAUCAUUUUGCCAUGUUUCUUCCCCCACCCUCAUUGAAAACAGUGAAAAAAGGCUUUUGUGAGCUCAACGUCAGCAGUACAGACUCGUGGUCCGGCGGCGAUGGCUCUGAUAGCAUCAUGAGCAUGAAUGAUACUGUAGUGCCUUUUUGAACUUCUCCUGGGGGCACUUUGAGAAAAAGAGAAGCACUUUUUCCUGAUCCUCGUCAGGUCAGGGGGUCAGCUGGAACCAUUUGUCUCUUUUCUAAAAAGACUGAAGAAUGCAGUGAGCAAAGGGACGACGGACGGUAAAAAUGUAAGAACUACGAGAGGAUUUUCACCUGUAAUUUACUACUGAAUGAUGGAUGGAAAUGUGCAAUGAGAGAACAUCACUUCGGUUCAUGAGCCUUUUAAAACCCUCCAUCAUUUUAUGUUGUCACCGGUAUGAAUUUAGCCUAAUCACCGCUGACCAACUAAAGAAAGCUACGUUUGGAGCCUUUAAAGAAAUCUUUUUAAACCACUGAAGCAACUUCUACUCAUCAUCCAAAAGCUCCUCAUCAUUUUCAUCUCCACAAAAAAAAGGUUUUGUUUUUAUUUCCAUACAUGAUCAUAGUUAAGGUAGAGAUCUUGUAAAUGUGCAUUUCUAUGCUAAGGUGAAGUACGUGUAAAACUUUCUCCAGUGUUUGUACAUAAACCCCCCAGCUGUGUGUUAACCUAAAGUUACGUUUCGGUUUCAAACUUGUACCUAGAUGUAUGCUUUUGUUAUACAUUUGUAUAUUGAGAAGUGUUUUGAGUCGAGCUAUUUAAUAUCUUGCACUGUUAAUAACAUGUACUUUUCUGUACAGACAGUUUUAUGGUUUUAACUAUAGCUUAAGUGUAAAUAAUCAGGGUUGCAGCAUGUUUGUUUCCUCUUGUUUCCUCCACCAUCUCUUUGUUUUUCUAUCCCCCUCCCCUUUUUAUUUUUUAAAUUUCUCAUUUCCUUUAGAUUGCUUCUUCAUUUUUAUUUUAUUUUUAUGUUUUUUUUAGAUAGAGCUUCUUAGAGAGGAAUGGUGGUUCUAGAUGCGGCUGGACUCUUUCAACCCUUGGUGGCCUGAAGCUAUUGCUGUAUGAAACAGUAUGUGGAAAAUGGUCAGCAUCAUAGGCUAAGAGUGAGUAAUGGAGCCAAUUGGAUUAUUGCUCCAUAAGUAUUUAUUAGGCACAUCUGAUAAUAAUGGUCAUUGUGUAAUUUAUUGUAAAAAUGUAAGCAAAGCAGAAGCCUCCAUUUAAAAUAAAUGCCAUAGUUUGUGAA